AUGACAUAUUUGGAGGAACUAACUACGGGGGAGGCCAACAAGGUUGUUUGUGGUUUCAGUCAUCUUCCCAGUGAAAAAGCCUAUCAAGCGGCUAUGGAUCAACUUUCAGACAGAUAUGGUGACAACGAAGUCAUCGCAAGCACUUACAUAAAGAAAGCAUUAGAAUGGCCUACUAUUAGGCCAGGAGAACCAAAGGCUCUAGAUGAAUAUGCCUUAUUCCUAGUAGAAUGCAUGAAUGCAGCAGAGCAUGUAAAUGCAAGCAAAAUUUUGGAGUAUCCUGAACACUUGAAGAGGUUAAUGUUCAAACUACCAGUCUACCUACAUGACAGAUGGCGGAAUAUAGCAUUGAACCUAAAGGAAAACAAGAAGCCUGUCCUAUUCAGGGACUUUGUAAAAUUUGUGCAAAAGGAAGCUAAGAAGGUCAAUGACCCAAUAUUUGGAGCUGUAGGAAGGACAGCCACAGGAAUGGAAUCUCCGAGAAUGGAAGUGAAGCCUAAACGUACGACGGUCACCGUAAGACAAACUACUGUAGAAAGCGGUGUCAAUGGAGAAGGUGUCUUCAUGUGCCCCAUCCAUCAAGGAUCGCAUCCGUUUAUAAAAUGCAGAACAUUCCUAUCAAAGUCCGAUGCUGAAAGAAAGCAGUUUAUAAAGAAGCACAAGGUGUGUUUCAGAUGUCUGGCAUCUACGACUCAUUUCUCAAGGGAGUGUAAAGCCGAGAUCAAGUGUGGAGUUUGCAGUAGCCCCCGACACCUAGGAGUGAUGCAUAUCCAUAAUCGUGAACAACAGACAACUCAAAUUCCAGCACAAGCAAAUACCACUGCUACUACAAAACCUGUGACCAGCAACUGUAUGGAAAUAUGCAGAGAUGGAGUAGGACGUUCAUGUGCGAAAAUAUGUUUGGCCACUGUGUACAUGGCAAAGAAUCCUAACAAGAGAGCCAAAGUUUAUAUACUCAUUGAUGAUCAGAGCAACAAAUCAUUAGCAGAUACCAGAAUCUUUGAUGUGUUGGGAGUUUCUGGAGAAUGGUCAAACUACACCAUGAAGACAUGUAAUGGGGAAAGAGAAACCAAGGGAAGAAAUCUGAGUGGUCUUAUUGUGGAAUCUCUUGAUGGGGCGACCAAGAUAGAAGCACCAAGCUUGCUAGAAUGUGCGGAAAUCCCAGGAAAUAUGUCGGAGAUUGCUACACCAGAGGUAGCAAUGGCCUUUCCUCACUUGAAGUCCAUAGCAGGACAGAUCCCACCUUUGAAUAAGGGUAGUGAUGUGCUGCUGUUGUUAGGACGUGAUGUCCCGCAAGUACAUAAGGUUAGAGAGACACGCAAUGGGCCCAACAAUGCACCAUGGGCUCAGAGGCUGGAUCUGGGAUGGGUAGUUGUUGGAGAAGUUUGUCUUAAUGGAGUUCAUAGGCCAAAAACUAUCUCUACACUUCGCACACAGGUACUCAUAACUGGUAGGCCCACAACUUUACAACCGUGUCCGAAUACAUUUCAAAUCCAUACAUUAUUUGAUGACAAAGAUGAUUUCCUCAGUCUGUCAGUUGAAGAAAGAAAGUUUCUUGAAAUCAUGGAGAAGGAAGGCGGACUUCGGGAUGGCAAGUGGACAGCACCGCUGCCUUUCAAGAAGCCAAGAGAACGUCUCCCAAAUAAUAGAGAGCAAGCAUGGUCGCGAGCUCAAAUACUCAGGAAAAGCAUGGACAGAAAUCCUCUUAAAAAACAACACAUGCUUGAUUUCAUGGAUGGAGUUAUCAAUAAAGGGCAUGCAGAAGUUGCUCCUCCAUUGAAGAAUGAUGAAGAAUGCUGGUUUUUACCGUUGUUUGGUGUGUACCACCCAAAAAAGAAAGACAAGAUAAGGGGAGUCUUUGAUUCUUUGGCCACAUUUUGUGGUUUGUCACUAAACAAGGUGCUUCUUAAAGGACCUGACUUCAACAAUGACUUAGUUGGUGUGUUAAUGCGCUUUAGGAAACAAGCUGUUGCAGUAUCUGCGGAUGUAGAAUCCAUGUUUUAUUGCUUUGAAGUCGCAGAAAAGCAUAGGAACUUUUUGCGUUUUUUCUGGUAUGCAGAUAAUGACUACGAUAAGCCGCUAAUAGACUACAGAAUGAGGAAACAUGUUUUCGGAAACAGCCCAUCCCCAGCCGUCGCAUGCUUUGGACUAAGGGACGUGGUAAAGGAUUCUGAACCAGAUGUUAGAGAGUUUGUCAACAGGCAUUUUUACGUUGAUGAUGGCCUUGUUUCAUGUAAGGAUUCAGAGUCUGCAAUAUCAUUACUGAAACGAACUAAGCAGGUGCUGAUGCAGCAAGCACAGAUUAACCUUCACAAGAUUGCCUCUAAUUCCCAAAUGGUGUUGGAUGCAUUUGCACCAGGGGAAAUUGUCCAGGGUGUUAGAGAUUUCAACAUUGGUGAGGAAGAUGUACCUUUGCAAAGGACACUGGGUGUGCAGUGGCGUUUAGGAGACGACAUGUUUACCUUUAACAUAGAUUUAGGCGAGAAGCCAUAUACAAAACGAGGUAUGUUGUCCACUAUCAAUGGAGUGUUUGAUCCUUUGGGAUUUGUGGCUCCCGUGACGAUUCAAGCAAAGGUACUAUUUCGCAAAAUGAUCACCUCACCUACAGACUGGGAUGAAGAGUUGCCGGGUUGUUACCUUCAAGAAUGGAAAUCUUGGAAAAAUGAUUUAAAAGAACUACAAAACGUUUCAGUACCACGUGCAUACCCACUUACCUUUGGUGAAAUGGUUGGACUUCAUGUGUUUUGCGACGCAUCGGAAGUAGCAGUUGCCGCCGUAGCCUACUUGGUCAGUAAAGAGGGUGAACAGAGACACACAAGUUUUGUCUUUGGUAAGUCGAGGUUAGCACCGAAAGCGGGACACACAAUCCCUAGACUGGAGCUGUGUGCAGCCGUAUUGGCUAUAGAGAUAGCAAAAGUAAUCUGUGCUGAAGUCGAUAUACCUUCUCAGGAGGUGACCUAUCAUUCGGACAGCAAGAUAGUCUUAGGAUACCUAAACAACACAACUAGGCGUUUUCAUACAUACGUAGCAAACAGGGUGUUUAAAAUCUUGCAAUUUUCUAAUCCCCAUCAAUGGAAGUACGUUCAUACAAGCAAGAACCCUGCAGACCAUGGGACACGCCAGGUAGCUGCACGAAACAUGAAAGAUUGUCCAUGGCUUAAAGGUCCUCAUUGUUCAGUAUUCAACGUAGAUGUACCAGAAUGGUUUCCCUUG